AAUGAACUCCAUGGAAAUGAACGGGCAGAAUAACAAUCCUGCUGAUGGUUUUCGCGAGAAGUUGAACGCGCAGGCGUGUUGCGGUGUGGGUGGAUUUGGGUGCCCGCUUGAACAGGGCGGCGUUUCUAUGGUGAGGAGGUCUUUAAUACGCCACAUGGACCCGGACACAUCGCACCAUCUGCGUCUGCUUUAAUCGCAUUUUUUCGGAUGAUACAUUGUAACAGCCAUCUACAUCACUCGCUUAUCGGUCGUAGUUGUGUUUUUAGUUGUGUUUAUAAAUGUAAGGCCUCUCAGGCGCUUAUCAAGGGUCUCUCUGAAGCAUUCAUGUUAUUAUCCUCUCUAGCAAGGAAUAUUCUGGACUCUUUUUAGCUGAGAAUCGGUUUCCAAUCAAAACGUUACGUUUGGAAAUGCGUCGUCUUCCCUGAAUAGCCACAACUUGACCAUCUGUGAAUAAUACAUUGUAUAUGGUCUCUAGAUCUUUCCCACAGGUGUCUUUCACAUAAAGGAUGUGGAUCUGAUUAAACAGCCGAGGCUGCUCACCUCCUCGUUCAUUUCAUCAUAUUCGUUCACCGAAGACAGAUUUGACGUUAAUGUUUCGCCAGGAGGUCGGUGUCCUGUCUUUUAUUCCGUCUUGUUCGUACCUUUUCCAAUACGAGCAGAGGAACAUGUCUCGGUAUAACCUCUACAGUCUGCUGGACUGGAUGUAUGGAGGGGUGGACCCCAUGUUUGAGGGCAAUGGAGGCCCUGAGUGCGCAGCCUUCCUCUCUCCACGUCAGAGAUUAUUUGAGACUCUGAUCAUUGUGUUAUUUUCUAUCCUGGAAGUGGUGGUGGCUAUCAAAAAGCUAAAUGUUCCUAAAGAGGUCAGAGAUGUGGGGAAAGAUGGCAGGAGGAGUAAGGAAGACACUUGGGGCAAGAACCUAUUGCUUGUGGCUCUGUGCAUGAGUUUUGGAGUUGAGGUUGGGUUUAAAUUUGCCACGAAGACUGUCAUCUACCUCCUCAAUCCAUGUCAUGUUGUCACAAUGGUGCAAAUCUUCCUGCUUGCAUGUCCCCCUUGUAAAACUGCUAUGGUUAUCUUUAGGCUUCAGGUCCACAUGCUGAACGGAGCCCUUCUAGCUCUUCUCUUCCCAGUAGUCAACACUCGACUGCUUCCAUUUGAGAAGGAGAUCUAUUAUAUUCAGCACUCCAUGUUGUAUCUUGUGCCAGUCUACCUCUUCAGAAAAGGAGGUGUGUAUAAGCCAGAGCCGCUCGGAGACAUGUGGUGGGCGCUUCUGUCCACGGGCGUCCUCUUCCUCUACCACUUUGUGUUCCUCCAGGGCCUUGGAAUGCUGACGGAAGUGAAUCUGAAUAACAUGCUGUGUCCUGCUGUCUCGGACCCCUUCUAUGGACCAUGGUACCGAGUUUGGGCGACUGGUCACCAGACUGCCCUCACGUUAUUGCACGGCAAGGCUCUGACCAUCCUCUCGCAGCACACCGCUCCUAUGUGCCGCUAUUUACUGGAUAUAGCAUGUCUACGCAACAAAAAGUUGGACUAGUGUUUUUAUCAGUGGUCUUACAUGGACAAAACCUCAACUGGAACUUGUCCAGCAUCCCUAGACAAAAGUAUAGUACAUAGAGAUAAACUUUUUUUUUCUUCUGUUAGAUGGUUUGUCCAAACUUGGUUUCUUAAAGUUGGAUAAAAAGACUGUUUUUAACACCAUAGGAGCAGGACUCGAGUGACAUUAACCUUGCCUUGUUUUUUUUUUUUUAGCUUUAGUGUUUGGCAAAAUGAACACUCACUGAACUCAGAACACACGUAACCUUUCU